CACUGUGCUCACAAAAUGCUGCUGCGGAUGCUGUGCUGCUUCUGCCUGGGGACAAUGACAACUGACGAGGCCACCAAGCCUGAAGGUGAGGUGCAGGCAGCUGCGCUGGCGGAGCGUGGGGAGGACAUCACACCUACCCGUGACCGCGGCGUGCUGAAGAUCAUCAAGAGACCCGGGAACGAGGAUGAGUUCCCUAUGAUUGGAGACAAGGUGUAUGUGCACUAUAAGGGCAAGCUGUCCAAUGGCAAGAAGUUUGACUCCAGCCGCGACCGCAACGAGCCCUUUAUCUUCAGCCUGGGCAAGGGCCAGGUGAUCAAGGCAUGGGACAUCGGGGUUGCUACCAUGAAGAAGGGUGAGGUCUGCUACUUGCUGUGCAAACCGGAGUACGCCUACGGGGCUGCUGGCAGUGCUCCUAAAAUCCCCUCCAAUGCCACCCUUUUUUUCGAGAUAGAGUUGCUUGAUUUCAAAGGCGAGGACCUGUUUGAGGAUGGAGGGAUCAUCCGGAGGAUCAAGAGGAAAGGAGAAGGCUAUUCCAAUCCCAACGAAGGUGCUACAGUGGAAAUUCACCUGGAAGGGUUCUGUGGUGGAACCCGCUUUGACUGCAAGGAUGUGAAGUUUGUAGUGGGCGAAGGAGAGGACCACGACAUCCCUAUUGGCAUUGACAAAGCGCUGGAGAAGAUGCAGAGGGGAGAGCACUGUGUCCUCUACCUAGGGCCACGAUACGGCUUCGGCGAGGCAGGGAAACCCAAGUACGGCAUUCAGGCGAACGCUGAGCUGGUGUACGAGGUCACGCUGAAAAGCUUUGAGAAGGCCAAAGAGUCAUGGGAGAUGGACACCAAAGAGAAGCUGGAGCAGGCUGCCAUCGUCAAGGAGAAGGGGACAAUGUACUUCAAGGAAGGCAAAUACCUGCAGGCGGUGAUUCAGUAUGGGAAGAUUGUGUCCUGGCUGGAGAUGGAGUAUGGCUUGUCAGAGAAGGAGUCAAAAGCCUCCGAUUCCUUCCUGCUGGCUGCCUUCCUCAACCUGGCCAUGUGCUAUCUGAAGCUGCGCGAGUACACCAAAGCUGUUGAGUGCUGUGAUAAGGCGCUGGGGCUGGACCAGGACAACGAGAAGGGCUUGUACCGGCGGGGUGAGGCCCGGCUGCUGAUGAACGAGUUUGAGCUGGCAAAAUGUGACUUUCAGAAAGUGCUAGAGGUGAACCCACAGAACAAAGCAGCCAGGUCGCAGAUUGCCGUCUGCCAGAAGAAGACAAAGGAGCACAAUGAGCGGGACAGGAGGAUCUACGCCAACAUGUUUGCCAAGUUUGCUGAGAGGGAUGCAAAGUGUCUGAAAAUGAGGCGGUGGAAUAUGUGAGUGCAGUGGACAGGGAGCAGCUGUGGCCCAGCACCAGGAGGAAGCAGCCAGCAAAACCAGAGUAGAAAAAGAGGCAGCGACAGCAUCAUGUGAUGAAGGCAAAGAGACAGAGGGGCACGUAUGAUGGAGGAGGUGGCAGAAGGGCAAGCCUCCUGCCUUCAGCCUGUGCCAAGAACUUUGCCAGGACUCAGGACCUGCUGGUGUUUCCUUGUAAAGUUUGUUCCAGUUUGUGUGAUUGUGGAAGCAAAAGUGCCUCGCAGAGAUCAGACCAGCCCGGUGCUGCUGCCAGCUGCGAGCAGUUGGAUGGUGUGGGACCACCACCAGUGGAACAACCACCUUCGCAGGGGUGGGGGACAAAGAAAUCAAAGCUGGAACUCCUGGCUUCAGGAGGCUCACCUUGCUCUAUGUCCUCUGGGAGCAACUGGGAUGUCGAAGCAGUGUGGCAGGAUGCAACCAAGCCUUCCUCAUGCACUGCCUUCCUCCUCUUUCUUCUCACUGUAGGGCUGGGGGAGCUGCAACAGGGUGUCCGGACCCCACUGUGCUUACUGGUUGUGUUCCCUGUUCAAAUUUUUCAACAGAGGUUUCAUGGCCCAUAGGAACAAAAAUAAUUAAAAAAAAGAAAAAAAAAAAAAAAAAAGAAAAAAAAAAAAAAAAAGGAGAGAAGCAGUGGUCAGGGAGCAAAGGGGAGGUUCUUGUGGAACCGGUGCUGCACGGUGCCAUCCUCCAGCCAGCCCCGUGAGAAAGGAUGUGGGCACUGCCUGCAGAGAACAGCUUUCAAGUUUUUAUUUUUACUGUCUGGUCUUUGUAAUACCCAUUGGAAGCUGGAAAAUAGAGAACUGAAAAAAAAAAUAAAAAUUGGUUAAAAUAAAAAAGUGCUUCUCUGCUCCAUCCCAGAGGGGAUGCAGCAGUUUGAGUGUGUUAUGGAGUUAUUGCUGUCUUCUAGGCCUGGUCCUGCUUUGGAAAGCUGUUUGUAGUCCUGCUUU